AUGGAUACAUUUUUGUCUCUGAACACUUUCUUGAUCUUAGUUCUAAUAAUAUCUACCCAAAGCCUAAUAACUGCUGAUCAUAAAAUUGCUGAUGAAACAAUGAAGAAUGGGAGUGUCAUAGGCAUAGUAGGUGCCAUUCUUGAUAACUCUAGUCGUGCUGGCAAAGAAGAAGAGUUAGCGAUGACAAUGGCCAUCGAGGAUUUCCAUUCCGACUACUAUUCCUCCACUAAUCAAACCUUGAUUCUCCAUGUCAUUAACUCUGAUGGGGAUCCCAUGCAAGCAGCUCUUGCAGCUAGAGAUCUUAUAAGUAAACAGCAAGUGAAAGCGAUUCUAGGACCGCAGACAUGGGAAGAAACAUCAUUGGUAGCCAAGGUUGGUAGUGAGAACCAUGUCCCGGUUCUUUCUUUUGCUGAAGCUGCUCCAAAAUGGGCAAAUGAAAUCUGGCCAUUUCUAGUUCAAGCUUCACAUGACCAUACAAACCACAUGAAAGCCAUAGCUGCAAUAGUUCAAUCAUGGAAAUGGUUUCAGGUAAACGUAAUUUACGAAGACAGAGACUCAUCAGCCAAUGAAUUUUUACCUCAAUUUUCAUUUGCUCUUAGAGAAGUAAAUGCAAAGAUUACCCAUCUUCUUCCACUCCCACCCUGUCCCUCUUCUUCUAUGUUGUCACGAGAGCUCGAAAACCUUAAAAGAGACCAAACAAGAGUUUUUGUUGUUCACUUGUCGUCGUCUCAGUUAGGAGUGCAACUCUUCCAAAAGGCAAAAGAAAUGAAUAUGAUGGAAAAGGACUAUGUAUGGAUCACUACUGAUCCUCUUACAGGCCUUGUUCAUUCUUUCAAUUCCUCCAUCAUUUCCUCCAUGCAAGGUGUUCUCGGAGUCAAGCGAUACUUCCCCGAUGAUUCGAACCGUUUUCACGAUUUCCGUAACAAAUUUAGGAAAAGAUUCGACUUAGAACAUCCCGAGGAGGAUAACAAUGAACCUGGUAUUUUUGCAGUGCAGGCAUACGAUGCUGCAUGGACUGUAGCUCUAGCAAUGAAGGAAAAUAGCAAAGUAAAUAAUGGCCAAAUAUUUUUGGAAAAGAUUUUGAAAAGCGAUUUCCGUGGUUUAAGUGGGAAGGUUGAGUUUAAUAGUGACCAAAGAUUACCUCCAGCUGAUAUAUUCCAGAUCAUCAACGUGGCGGGAAAGAGUGGCUAUAUAGAACAUGGUUUUUGGUCAGAAAAAUCAGGUUUUUCAUUGAGUUUACGUGAAAAUGGUAAGAAAAGCUCUUCAAUGGAAGAUUUGGGACUAGUUUUCUGGCCAGGAUUCCCAAUGAAAACUCCAGAAGGAUGGACUCCUCCAACAGCUUCAAAACCAUUGAGGAUUGCUGUGCCAGGCCUUUCAAUGUUCAAAGAGUAUGUGAAUGUAGAGCUAAAUGGAAAUAGUUUAUCUUUCGGUGGAUUUUCGAUAGAUGUCUUUGAAGCGAUGUUAGAUGAACUUCCAUACUAUUUACCUCAUGAAUUCAACCUCUUCAAUGACACAUACGACAAGCUAGUGGAACAAAUUCAUUUGAAGAAUUUUGAUGCAGUAGUUGGAGAUGUCGCAAUAACUUCCCAAAGAUAUGAGCAUGCAGAAUUCACACAGCCCUACACCGACUUAGGAUUAGUAAUGGUUGUCCCUGUUCAAUCAGAAUCUUCUGAUAAAACAUGGUUGUUCAUGAAGCCUUUUACAAAAUCCAUGUGGGUUUUUAUAGUACUUGUUAAUCUUUACAAUGGCUUUGUGGUCUGGUUUAUAGAGCGAAACAAUUUCCCAGAACUCAAUGGCUCUAUACUUAACCAAAUGGGAACUUUGAUUUGGUUAGCUUUCUCCACCCUUUUCUCCUUACAAGGGGGUAAGUUACAUAGCAACUUGUCUAGGAUGACAAUGGUGGUGUGGCUAUUUGUUGCACUAGUCAUCACACAGAUUUAUACAGCUAACCUCAGCAGCAUGCUCACCGUCCAAAGGCUCGAACCAACAGUAACCGAUAUCGAGACACUGCAAAGCAGCAACUCCAUGGUCGGUUAUUGUAGAGGAUCCUAUCUGGAAAGAUAUCUAAUUGAAGUGUUGGAAUUCAAGCACAACAACAUCAAGAAAUUCUCAUCGCCUGAAGAUUAUGCAAAAGCUCUCAGAAGUAGAGAAAUUGGCGCUGCUUUUCUUGAAGUCCCCGCUGCCAAAUUAUUCCUUGCGAAAUACUGCAAAGGAUUCAGAAUGGUUGGACCAACCUAUAAAGUUGGAGGUUAUGGAUAUGCAUUUCCUAGGGGAUCUCCAAUGCUUCCAAUCAUAAAUGAAGCACUGCUGAAGGUAUACGAAAGUGGGAAGAUUUGGGAGUUGGAGACCACCAUGCUUGCAUUAGAGGAGUGUGAAGAAAAGAAUGAAGAGGACGAUGAUGAAACUAAAGCUCGCAGUCUCAGCGCCAACAGCUUUUGGGUACUCUUCAUAAUCACAGGAACCACAUCGACCAUCUCUCUCGUGUCUUACUUGUUUCGUGUUUAUAAAUCUUUGUUCAAACACAAAACUUUGGUGUGGAGGCUAAUGGCUGCUGUAAUCAAAUACUGGGGAGAUGGAAAGAAGUGCUUCUCCAGAAGAAUUAGCGAUGUUGAAGAAAGUGGUACAAAUUCUCUGAAUGCAUCAGACUCACGGACUCGAGUUUAG